AUGGUGCCUGAGCCGGAGGAAACGGGCGAGAUGAUUGAUGAAAUAAUUCUCAAUGAGUAUCGCUUGUGCCUCAAUGGAAUGCUGGGCCUGCACAUCAGUAUGGAUAGCAAGAAUGGGAAGAAGAACAUGAGGAAGGGAAUUGGAAGCUGUGUCAAUGGACGACCGCUGGAGUGCAACCAAGCUACUUUGGCAGAUCAAGCAGCACUCCUCACAAAGGGAGACGCCAAUCAAAGGUUGGCAUAUUAUCUUGCAGAGGGACUAGAGGCACGAUUGGCAGGCACAGGAAGCCAGGUUUACAGGUCGCUCAUGUCAACGCGCACCUGGCUUGUGGAGAUGCUCAAAGCCUAUCAGCUGUACCUAACAGUUUGCUGUUUCAAGAUGAUGGCAUACAAGUUCUCCAACAUGACCAUCGCCAAUGUUAUUGCCGGGAGGAAGAGGUUGCACAUUGUAGACUAUGGCAUACAUCACGGCCUCCAGUGGCCAAGCUUGCUUGGCAUUUUGUCUACUUGGGAAGGUGGACCACCAGAGGUGAGGAUCACCGGCAUUGACCUUCCCCAGCCUGGAUUCCGCCCAGCUGCUCAGAUAGAAGAGACAGGGCGUCGGCUCAGCAAAUGUGCUCGCCAGUUUGGCAUACCAUUCAAGUUCCAUAGCAUUGCAACAAAGUGGGAGAUGGUUUCUGUUGAUGACCUGAACAUUGACCCUGACGAGGCACUCAUCAUCAAUGGUCUAUUUGAUUUUGGGAAGUUGAUGGAUGAGGGUGUCGACAUAUAUAGCCCAAGCCCUAGGGAUAUGGUCCUUGAUAACAUCCGAAAGAUGCGACCAGAUGUGUUCAUCUUUUCUAUUUUCAAUCUCUCCCAUGGGACGCCAUUCUUUGUAACACGGUUCCGGGAGGUACUGUUCUAUUUCUCGUCAAUGUUUGACAUGCUUGAUGCUACGGUUCCACGGGACAACGACCAACGCUUGAUGGUUGAGCAGCACUUCCUUAGACGGUCUGCCCUGAAUGUCAUUGCCUGCGAGGGUUCCGAUAGGGUGGAGCGCCAUAAAAUGUAUAGGCAAUGGCAAGUGCGAAACCACCGGGCUGGACUGAAGCAGCUACCAUUGGACCCGGAUAUCGUUAAGGUCGUGAGGAAGAAGGUCAAGGACAGCUACCACAAGGACUUUGUAAUUGAGGUGGAUCACCAGUGGCUCUUGGAAGGGUGGAAGGCGCGAUAA